AUGCUUACGCCGUUGAAGAUCAUUCUGGAGUUGCGCCUCAAGGCCAGCGAAACUCGGGCCAAACAGGCUGUAGCUUUCGGACUGCCUGCUAAAGAUCCCGGGCCGCUCUUCCACUGGCGAAUCAACAGUUUGAGAGAGGAUUACCCUAAGCAGGAUAGAGUCCAGCUGAGCACGACCACGAUCGUCAAUAGAAUGGUAUGCGGAAAAGGCAGUGCUGACGGCGAAACUGGACGUGGGCGGAGCGUUGUGGUGCCAUUUAAGUUAACCACCGACCGAAUUUGGCAGUUGAGCCUCAUAUCAUCUGCCUACGUCCGGACUUCCACGCCAACUUCAUCUUCGCCGCUUACGCUGUCGAAAAGGCUCGCUCUCGGUAUCGGGGCGAUCUCUGCACCCAACUCGUUGGUUGACUGA